UUCAAGAAAAAAUAAGGAAAUAUAAAAAGUUCAUUUAAAAAAAGUCAAAAUGAUAGUUUUAUAUUCCGUAAUUUUCAUUUCCAUUCUGACUUAUUUUUUGGUUCGAAUUCAGCUUAAAAGACGUGAAAUCGAACGAGAUUUCGGGCAUAUUCCAAGUCCCAAGGAAUUGUCUGGAUUCGGAAAUAUUUUACUCCUGAAAAAACGAUCACUAACUGAAGCAUCGGAUUUAUUGGAAAAAAUUACUCCUGAACCAACUACAAAAGUGACGUUCGCGGGACAUGUAGCUUUUGCCAGUUACGAUCCAGAAAUUUGUAAGCAAGUUUUACUGUCCACAAGUUUCUUGGAGAGACCUUUUAUGUUUGAUUUUUUCAAACUGGAACAUGGAUUGGUUUCGGCUUAUUAUAAAAAUUGGAAACCAGUAAGAUUGGCUCUGAAUAAAACUGUGAGUCAGGCAAGUGUCUUGGGCAUGAUAGAAAAAUUUAAUAAACAUGCCGAUCGAUUAGUGACAAAAUUUGAAUGGUUUCUCGAUGAUGAAAAGUUUGAUGUGAUCAACAUUUGCAUGCGGUAUGGGAUGGAACAAGUAUUCGAUACAAUGCUCGAAACCGAGUUCACCGCCGACUAUCACGAUGGUCACAUGAUUCAAGAGUUAAAUGAAGUUGCGUGUGCCAGAUCUUUCUAUCUCUUGUACUACCCGGAAUGGAUUUUUCGAUGGACCAAAUUGCAUAAACGAGCGCAAGGUUGGCACGAUUACAUGGAGUUGAUUUUGCGACCAAUCAUUCAAAAGCGAAAACUUUUUGAACAUCUUAACCAUGAAAAAAUCGACUCAAAACCAACUUUCAUGCAAGAACUUCAAAGAAUCACUUAUGGCGAGAAAACUGUACCAAAGCAAGCGAUGAUGGACAACUUGAAGUUGAUAAUUUUGGCAGGAGCUGAACCUCUAUCGAUCGCAAUUUCGAACGUUUUGACAAUGUUGGCAAUCCAUCCAGAAAUCGAUGAAAAAGUCUACGAAGAAAUUCAGCAGUUUUACAAGGAAGAUAUUCCCUUGGACAAUGAGUACUUGAAAAAUUUUGAACUUUUGGACAGAGUUAUACAGGAAACGAACCGAUUAUUCACCGUUAUUCCUGGAACAAUCCGAGAUACAAUGUUCGAUACUUACAUAAAAGGAAUCGGUUUAAUUCCGAAAGGUACCGUAAUUGGUCUCAUUUACACCAAAUUGCAUCGUGAUCCCAAAAUUUGGGGUCCUGACGCCAAUAAAUUCAAUCCGGAUCACUUUCUUCCGGAAAAAAUCGCUGAACGUCAUCCUUAUAGUUACUUACCGUUCAGUGGAGGCGCCCGUAGUUGCUUUGGUCGCCAUUUUGGCAUCGUAGCUACAAAAAUCGCCCUAAUUAAAGUCCUCGCCAAGUACAAGUUCACAACGAAAGCCAAGAUGGAAGACAUUAUCUUCAGAUUCAGUCUCGUCAUGAAGAUUGAAAAUAAAUUCGGAAUGCAAGUGAAUAGACGAUAAAAGUGAGUGGCCCUGAACGAAAGAGGAGAAGAGCAGAAAAAAAACUUUCUGAAGUACUUUGUUUGUUCAUCACUCAAUGACAAUAUUAAUAACAAAUAAUAAUAACAAUAAUAAAUAAUGAUAAAAAAAAAGUU